GAGAGGGAGUAUUCUUGGUGUCAACGCAGGCCGCAACUGGACUUACGUAUACCAUCGGGCGUCAUGGAGCCGGCUUUCAGAAGAGCAGCGUCAAGCGCUUGCGGGCAAUGCUCUGCAGCAUUGAGAAGGCAAUUGAUUGCCAACGGAGUUCCCAGAAUCACCCCUCGCAUCGCAUCAGCCCACUUGACCCGAAGCCUCCAUUCCACCGUUUCUAGGAGAUCGAAGGCCAACAAUGUGCCCACGAGACAGUUCUCUUCGUCCCCGAAAGCCUCGAGCGAAGCGGCAGCCGUAAAGCCCGCUAUCAACGAAUCGUCGACCCCCAAGCUCCGAUCAGACGACCUGUUUCACUCUUUCACGAAUUCCCCCAUCCCGGAGAUUCGACGACGUGCGGCUUUCAUGCGCCAACAUGCCUACUGUUCUCACCCCGAUCAUCGCGCGACAAGGGUUCCGACCGUCGCACCCCAUGGCGAGGAGAAACAAUCGCAAACGGGUCAGCUCGCCCCGGCGCACGUCGAUUUCGAGUGUCCCGAUUGUGGAAUUCCCGUCUCCUGCAGCAAGGAGCACUGGAUGGACGAUUACGAGGCUCACCUUGAGAUCUGCGACACUUUGAGGGAGAUCAACGAGGAUGACCAUGACCUACGAUCUGGCCGGACGUUCCCGGAGUUCGUUAUGGCAGAUGAUCAGAUGCCCGAGGCGGUCGUCAACAUGACCAACUGGGACACCUUCAUGUACAGCCGCGAGUUCGAGGCUAUCAAUGAUGAGCGCAGCAUGCGGCAGGUCACGAAGAUGCUCACAUAUCCCAUCACAAUUGGCAGUGUUUUGCACGAGUUGAGCCCCUACAGCGUUAAGCAGGGUGAGAGGUUGACGAGCGAGGGUUUGAAGAGUUUGAGUGCUUUGCGGUAUACUCUUCAUCCUCCUCUUUCCGGAAAGGGUACUACCAUGAAGGAACUCCGUCCUGAGGCGCCUCCCGUGAGAGUCUUCUGCUUGGGAGCGCGUGCCGAGUCAUCCCUGCCCAGAAACGUCUGGCUCCAGCUUGCUCAUCUCUUCCCAGAGAGCAAGAUUCAUCUGAUCUUUAUUGGCCCCGAAAGCAUGGCUAACCGAGACGAUGAAUUCCCCCUGCCGCAGCGGACGCCCGAGAACCCGUUUGGUAUGGUGAUUGAGGACCGGAUAUCGCACAAGAUGAAGAUCAGCACCAUCGUGGACUACUACCACACCAUCCACAAGACCGGAUACUUUGCGCCUUACGACCCGUACUUUGACUGCUUCUGCCUCUUCCAUCCUGGUUUGGGCCAUCCUGCAAGCAGCCACGAGUGGACCGAGACGCUUCCCAUGCUUCUAGAGACCAAGGUCCCUAUCAUUGCUACAGGUUACACCCAGUUUGAUAUGGAGAGAGAUAUCGAUUGGGUCAGAAAGACCGCUGCUGGCGAAUUUGACGUUCUGUUGGAGCCUGGCGAAAACCUUUUCCGCAGCUUGAGGUGGGAUCUGAAUGACCUGGAUCCCCAGGACGUCAGCUGUGGAAAUUGGGGAGUGUGGGCGUUCCGUGGAAAGAGGUAUGAGACGACUAAGAAGGAUGACGAGUAGGUGCUCGUCACGU